GCGCAAAAAACACCUCUUCCCCAAUUAUAUAAGAGCUCCUUCUCUAACUUACUUCCUCUAAAAACAGAGAAAGAAACAAAAGGCAAAUAAUCAAGCAAGCAAUCAACCAAAAAAAAUAUUAAAAAAUGGAAAAGUCUGUCAUCGUCUUAGCUUCUACCCUUUGCUUCUUGUCCCUCCUCGGUUCUGCAUUCUGCGAGACCAAGCUUUUUGUGGAAGGCAAGAUUUACUGCGACACAUGCCGUACACAGUUCGUUACCAGGGUCAGCGAGUACAUAAAAGGGGCAAAGGUUCGGUUGGAGUGCAGAGAGCGUGAAGGAGGUAGCAUAACAUAUUCCAAGGAGGCGGAGACAGAUGAGAAAGGAGGCUACAGAAUCGCCGUUGAAGGAGAGCACGAGGAGGAGAUCUGCGAGAUCGUGCUGGUUAAGAGUCCGAACCCGGAUUGCGCAGAGAUCCACAGGGAGGCUAACCAUGACAUGAACGCGAGGGUCAGUCUGACCAGCCACAAUGGCAUUUCCACACCAGUUCGCGAGGCCAACCCGCUUGGUUUCCUCAAGAAAGAACGUCUUCCUAUUUGCACUGAGGUACUCAGAGAGUUGGGAAUCACCUCCGAAGGGAUUGUAUAAAAAGUGCAACGUUUUAACUACUACUUUAUUUUGGCUUAAUUCUCUCAUCUUGAUCUUUUGUGUGUGUGCACUCAAUUAAUAAAUAUGGUUUUCUUUUCUCCCAA